CCUCUUCAGUAAUCCAGCGACCUCUCUGUUACGCGCGUGGUGAAGGGAAAGGAAAGAACGUCACCGGCCGGAUCCUAGAGCCGUGGUAUAUAGUCGUCGUGUGCCCGCCAGCUACAGUCUAGUUGCUCGUGAACACUCGUGGUGUGAGGUUUGUGUCGCUCCUCCUGUACUUUCUCGCUCUUGUGAAUCUCGAGGAUAUUCCAAAGUUCGCUUUUGGAAAAAACAAAAGAGUGAAUAUUUCUAUUUAUACCUCGUGGAAGUGUUGAUCAUAUCACAAGGUUGGUGUCUACUUAACUACGACUCUCUUAUCUAACUACGGCUGUGCAGGAUCAAGAUGAGAGCGACAAUGGCACUGCUGCUGGUGGUGGGAAGCCUCGUCAGCUUCACACAGGGCCAGACGUAUGAUGACCAGAACGCCCUCGACUCAGCCUCCCUUCCUGUCGAGCAUCGAGGAGGAGAUAUUUAUGGACCCUCCUUAGGAGGCCCAGGAUCACAUCUAGGAGGAACUGGACCCCUACAAACAGGCCCUGACGACCCCUGGCCCCUUGCUCAGCCCGAUAUGAACACCAUCAAGAACCUCCAGGUCCAGUGUGAGAAGUCCUUCAUGCGUGUGUCAGUGGAGUUCGACCGCCCCUUCUACGGGAUGAUCUUCAGCAAGGGUUACUACAGUGACCAGAGCUGUGUCCACGUUCAACCUGGGACUGGUCGCCUUCAGGCACAGUUCGACAUCUACCUCAACAGCUGCGGGAUGACCUCUACCGCCAGCAACGCCAACUACGGCCAACCCACACCCUCAGGAACCUUCAUUGAGAACACAGUCAUAAUCCAAUACGACCCGUUGGUACAAGAGGUGUGGGAUGCCGCAAGGAAGCUCCGUUGCACCUGGUACGACUACUACGAGAAGUCUGUUACCUUCAGACCAUUCCAGGUUGACAUGUUGAAUGCUGUCACUGCCAACUUCCUGGGUGACAACCUACAGUGUUGGAUGCAGAUCCAGGUGGGCAAGGGUCCCUGGGCCUCUGAGGUUUCCGGUAUUGUCAAAAUCGGCCAAACUAUGACCAUGGUUCUAGCCAUCAAGGACGACGAGAAUAAGUUUGACAUGAUGGUGCGUAACUGUGUGGCUCACGACGGGAAGAGGGCGCCCAUACAGCUGGUGGACGAGCGCGGCUGUGUCACUCGACCCAAGAUAAUGGGACGCUUCCAGAAAGUCAAAAAUUUCGGCUCUUCUGCAUCUGUGGUGUCUUAUGCCUACUUCCAAGCAUUUAAAUUCCCCGACAGCAUGAACGUGCACUUCCAAUGUGUAAUUCAGGUAUGCCGCUACAACUGCCCUGAACCACAGUGUGACGGCGGCAGUGGGGUCUAUCAGGGUGCCCCAAGCAAUAGAGUCAACAACGUUGUUGGGCUCCCCGACCCCCGUAGCCCCACCAAGCAGGCUCUGUCUAGUGAAGCAAUCCCAGUAGCUUCACCACAGACUGCCCAGAGCAAGUCUGGCGAUGGAGUCCCAGGAGACGUUGCUGGUGGUAAUCCCCUCCCUGUCCCUGUCAGCGUCCCUAUCCAACCUGUCCUUGUGAACCUCCCAGGAAAUUCUUACUCUCAAGUCAACCGCCAGGGAUCUUCCUUGGACAGCGCUGGUCGACCUCGUUCUCUGGAUCAUGAAGACUUAGACGAGGAUGUUGAGGAAGAAAGCCGCGUGCGUCGCUCAGCGGUGCUUCAUGUUUAUCGUCGUGCUGCUCAAGAGAUGACUGACGUGUCCACUGCUCGGGUCAUCCAGGUCGUGGCUCCUGGCGAUGUUGCCUUCAACCUAAAUUCUGCAAAUGAGACAGUUGUAAUUUCUGAAAUGCUUGAUGAUGCAUCCAACAUAUGUAUGUCUGCGACUGGUUUCGCAGCAGGUCUUGUUAUGUUGCUGCUUGUCCUUACUAUUGCCUGCUUAGUGGCUUGUUUCCUCUACACUCGUGUGCGAACCUUUAACGCUAAAGGCGGCGUCACCACCUUCGUGCAGGGAUUCGACAACCCCGAGUUCGUCAAGGUGGCGGGCGGUAACUGAGCCACACGACCACCACGAACUCUGCACUGUGCCAUAACGCCGCCCCGACCCCCAACACCAGGGCGCAGGUGUUGUUCAUGCCUGCGCACUCCUCAACUGUUCCUUCACUGCCAGCCGCGGUGCUGACGCCUCGACCACCGCCGCUCACACCCGACGGACGUGUGUGACGGUGGUCCGGGCAAGGGUGGUGACGGCCUCUCCAACGGUGGUUCAUCUCUGUUAGCUCACAUUUUCACUUUUGUUCCUAAGCUGUCCCUCCAUGACUUAAUUCCUCCUUACUGCGCCUCCUUCUGGUCCCCCCCACACAGUCCGUAGCUCGAGUAAAGUGACUUGUAGUGAGCAGCACACAGUCAACUUGUACAUUUGUGCUGCACAAACACCUCCAUUACCAGCUUCACAUAUUAACACAAGGACUUCUACAGUCUCGUUUCUCAGUAACUCAAGCACAUUAUAGCUUUAUAUUUAAGUUACCAAAGCCUGGACUGUCUACCAAGCCACGGGGAGACACAGGUAGGCCAGGCAGACUCCUGAGCUGGCAAUGUUUCCCCGGGCGUCUUGCCCGACGGUUCCUCACACUCACGCGCUCACUCGUGCUUCUUAUGGGGGUCUUGUUUCAUUUUCCUUUUAUUUGUUCGUUAUAUAAGUUAAAAUGUUAUUAAUAACUGGAAUUAGCUGGCCUUAUUCCACAUUAUUUAUGACCUGUUUAGCACAUGGAUUUGCAGACUGAGCACCUUGUAAACGUUCACCUACUUCAGUGUAUAUUAUGAGAGAUACAAGCCAAUGAGGAGAGUCUUCUUUCCUUCACUAGUAGAUGUAUAACAGUAAGACGUCGUGUACAGCUGUGUGACCAUCAUCUUGCUCGCCACACACUCACCUCCACCACCAUCCUUCCUCGUGCACUUGGCUGAGGCCUUAGAAAGAGACUUGUGUCCAUGAGCAUACUGUAGUUAAUGAUAUGAAAUAACAGACAUUUUUUUUACGGAGCAUUAGUAUGUAGCACUCGUGUGUGUGUGUGAGUUUUGUUAACUUACUUAAGUGUUGUUUUGAUAUUGUACAUUGAAGCAGCCAAGCAAAGCAGUCCUCACCGCUCCCCCUCGCCAGGUCUUCCCAGAUCUGGGAGACUUCCUGUGGGUAUUUCUUUCUCCAUUAUUUAUUGUAAAUAUUUAAGUAUAUUUAUUAGUUCAAUGUAAUAUUUAUUUGUAAAUCUGUAAUAAAGUAAUAAAAAAUAA